AUGAUGAAGGCAUUUGAGAUGACCGACCUUGGGUUGAUGAACUAUUUCCUCGGUAUAGAGGUGAAACAACAAGAAGACGACAUAUUUAUCUCUCAAAAGAAAUAUAUUGAAGCCCUAUUGAAGAAGUUCAAGAUGUAUGACUGUAAACCUGUCGCUACUCCAUUGAUGGUAAAUGAGAAACUACAAAAAGAUGAUAGAGCACAAGAAACAGAUGCAUCACGCUACAAAAGUUUGAUUGGAAGUCUCUUAUAUCUCACAAUCACAAGACCAGACAUUAUGUAUGCCACAAGUCUUCUAUCAACAUUCAUGCAAAAGCCAAGUCAGAUUCAUUAUGGAGUAGGGAAAAGAAUUUUAAGAUAUUUACAAGGCACAAAGGAGUUUGGAAUAUGGUACAAAACCAUUACUAACUCAAGGAUCAUUGGCUACACCGAUAGUGAUUGGGCAGGAUCAAUAGAUGACAUGAAGAGCACCUCAGGCUAUGCUUUCUCGCUUGGAUCGGGAAUAUUCUCUUGGGUGUCAAAGAAGCAAGCCACAGUUGCACAAUCAACCGUUGAAGCAGAAUAUGUGGCAGCAGCUGAAGCAACAAGUCAAGCUAUAUGGCUUCGAAGAAUACUCAAAGAUAUGGGAGAAAAACAACGUGGCCCUACUACAAUUUAUUGCGACAAUAAGUCAACUAUUGCAAUGACAAAGAACCCAGUGCAUCACAGUCGAACAAAACAUAUAGCAAUUAAGUACCACUUCAUCAGAGAAGCGGAAACAAAUAUGAAGAUACGACUUGACUGUGUGGAAGAGGAUCCUGUAUUACCUCCUGACAUGAAGCAAGUUGUGAUUUCCCUCUCACAAAUCCUGUUGUCUUCUACUGAGUGGGGAGCCACUCUUGCUGGAAAUAGCCAGCAAAGGGUACAAUUUAGUCCAUCAUUUUACAACAAUGAAGGUGAUGGUAUAGGUGGUGUUUUCAAUAUAGAAGGUGAUGUUGUGGGUAGGGAUAGAGUAGAAGGUUACACCGUAAAUGCUCUAAGUAGUUCUGUUAUUAACUCUUGA